GUAGUUAUUACUGUACAUCAAUUAACCAACACAUAGAAAACAAGUUAAUGAAAACUUUUUUGUAGUUUUAAAAAAAUAUAUUUUGUGAAAAAAAUACAAUCAUUAAAUACAUUGACUGACUAUUAUUAUAGGUUUUUAUAAAUUUAAAUUUAAAUAAUUUAAAUAUCCUAUAAUUACUAUCAACUAUCAUAAAACUACCAAAUGAUGAUAGCAACAAAUGGGACAGUUAGGCAAUCAGCAUCAUCAGCAGCAACAGCACCGGGAUUUUCGAUAAAAAAGUCAAUCGUAUCGGUGUCGGCUAUAAUACACAUUUGCGGAUGUGUCAUAAUCAUAGCCAUCUGCGACUAUAUGGUCGACCAAUUGAUGAACAACAACAACAACAACGACAACAACAUUGAUGACAAUUAUCAUCAAAAAACUCUAGACACAUCAUAUAAGAGCUCUAUCAAACUGGUUGUCUAUGCGGUGGCUGUCCUAUCGUUAAUCAUACAUUUGAUUGGACUGAUCGGUGCCAUCAAAGAGCACUACUGUAUGACUGUAGGCUAUUUGGUGGUACAGAUUCUGGAGGUCAUACAUGCGGUUAAACUGGUCAACGAAGAUAAUUAUUAUCCGUGGUAUAUGUUACUGAUAGAGACAGCCGUUUGUCUCAUCAGUUUUUCGUAUGCCAGAGAUCUGCAUCGUCGCCGCCGACGCCGUCCCCAACAAUCGCUGUCCGCCGACGCCUUACCGAACAUUAGCAGCCGUAUCACUAACACAACCACAACGACUACUACCAACCGAUAUGUACCGACCGAUCGACAGUGGCGGCCGUUGUUGUUGGUCAACAACGACCAACGACCAAAUGGUUUUACCGUAGAUAUGCCGCCGAAUUACAAUCAAGUUAGUGGUGGUGGUGGUGGCCAACAAUCAUCGUCGGCUCCGCCCAGUUAUAAUCAACUGUAUAAUAAUAAUAAUACCAAUCUUCUUGAUUGUGUAGUACCAGCGGGUACUGGAAGAGGACAGGUAUACAAUGAAAAAAGUACACCACUUCUCAGUGAUUACAUGUAAGAAAUAUUCGGGAGGUGUCGGAGGAGGAGGAGGGGGUAAAUAAUAGGAAGUAUUACAGGAUUUAUUGGUUUAAUUGUUUGGGUUAUAAUUUUGAAGUCAUGAUAACAUCUAUA